AUGAUAAAGGAAUUGGGGGCUGAUGUUCUAGGCUAUCCUUCAGUACCUUCAUUUGAAAAUUACAUAAUUCAGGAUCCCAAAGCUUUCUACGUAUUGACUGGAAUUGGUUUUGAUCAUGACUUCAAUGACAGCAAGGAGCCCUUGCCACUUGAGGUAAACGAUGUGGCAGUGUUCAAAAACAGUGACCCUAGUUUGAUAUUUGUGUUUCUAAUGUAUUUUGCAAUUGCCACAAUUUUCUUUGCAUUCACGAUCAGCACAUUCUUCCAAAAAGCUCAUGUUGCAACCGCCUCCAGAGGCAUCAUCUUCUUCUUCACCUACCUCCCAUACCUGUACCUCACUUUCAGCUACAACCAAAGGAGUCACUUCCAAAUGAUUGCCUUUUGUCUCCUCUCCAAUGAUGCCAUGGCACUGGGAGGCUGAUUAAUCUCCACAUAUGAGACAAAAGGCACAGGCAUCCAAUGGAGGAACAUGGGCAGUAUAGGAGGAGAGUUUAACUUCACUCAGGUGCUGCUGAUGCUACUGCUGGACUCUCUCUUAUAUGGCUUGGUGGCCUGGUAUGUGGAGUCCGUCUUCCCAGGGGUGUAUGGUACACCCAAACCUUGGUACUUCUUUCUCAUGCCCUCCUACUGGCGUGGAGAACCUAUAUCCCUUACGAAUUCAGUGCUGGAGUUGGGGGAUCCUCAGAAAGCUCUGUAAAGCAAGUUCAUUCAGGAAGAGCCUACUGAUUUGAUAAAAGGAAUUGAAAUCCAACAUCUAUACAAGGUGUUCUACAAGGGAAGGGAUGAACACAUGGCAGUCAAAGAUCUGACCAUGAACCUGUACCAAGGGCAGAUCACUCUUCUCCUGGGGCACAAGGGAGCAGGCAAAACCACCACCUGCGGCAUGCUCACAGGUCUUAUUUCCCCUUCAAGUGGACAGGUAUAUAUCAAUGGAUAUGAAAUUUCUCAAGACAUGCUUCAAGUCCGGAAGAGCAUGGGCUGGUGCCCCCAGCGUGAUAUCUUGUUUGAUAACUUGACUGUAGCAGAACAUCUUUAUUUCUAUGUUCAGCUGAAAGGCUUGUUGUGCCAGAAGUGCCCUGAAGAAAUCAAAUGCGUGCUGCACAUCCUCAGUCUGCAGGACAAACGGGACUCCCGGAGCAGGUUCCUGACUGGGGGAAUGAGGCGGAAGCUCUCCAUUGGCAUCGCCCUCAUCGGCAUCGCCCUCAUCGCAGGCUCCAAGGUGCUGAUGCUGGACGAGCCAACCUCAGGCGUUGACGCCAUCUCCAGGAGGGCCAUCUGGAACCUUCCUCAGCAGCACAAAAGUGACCACAUCAUCCUGCUGACCACCCACUUCAUGGAUGAAGCCGACCUGCUGGGAGACCACAUUGCCAUCAUGGCCAAGAGGGAGCUGCAGUGCUGCGGGUCAUCUCUGUUCCUGAAGCAGAAAUACGGUGCAGGAUAUUAUAUGACUUUAGUGAAAAAACCUCACUGUAACACAGAGAAGAUUUCUCAUCUGAUUUAUCAACACACACCAAAUGUAAUUUUCCAGUCUAGCACUGGUGAAGAAAUAACAUUUAUACUUCCUAAAGAGAGCGUGCACAGGUUUGAAUCUCUAUUUACUGACUUGGAACUGAGGCAGGAAGAGCUGGGCAUUGCCAGCUUUGGGGCCUCUGUCACCACUAUGGAAGAAGUCUUCAUUCGGGUUAGUAAGUUGGUAGAUUCCAGUAUACAUAUGCAAUCAUCAAGCUUCCCUCCUUCCAUUCUCACCCGCUGGAAGGAUCUAUCCGGCCUCUACUUGGCCAAGCUUUGCUUUAGCAAACAGCUCUGGAACCUUCCCAGGAAGUAUUUCUCAGAGCACCACCUCUGUUCAGCCUUCUAUGCCAUGUUCUUGAAAAGGGCUACAUAUUCUUGGUGCAACUCGAUGAUGAUGCUGUCAAUACAGAUCCUGGUACCUCUGGUGAUCCUUAUGGUCAGCCUCUCAUUCCUCAACUUCAGUACAAGCAUGGAAAAUGUCCCAUUGGAGUUGACCCUCCAAACAUAUGGUCAAACUAUUGUUCCAUUCUUUAUUUCUCUGAAUUCCAGGCUGGGUCCUCAGCUUUCAGAACAUUUUACAGAUAUGCUCAUGGCUGAGGAACAGAUUCCUCUGCAGCUCAUGGGGAACGUAGAGCCAUUCCUCCUGAAAAAGUUAGAGGAGGAGCCCGAGGUCUUUGAUCAGAACUACCUAGUGGCAGCUUCCUUUGAAGACGUGGGGAACCACACCAUAGUGACAGCGCUGUUCAACAACCAGGCGUACCAUUCCACUGCCCUGGCGCUGGCACUGGUGGACAAUGUCCUCUUCAAGUUGCUUUCUGGUGCCAGGGCUUCAAUAACGGUAUUCAACCACCCUCAACCUCAGUCAAACAGGGAGACCUCGGAGAAUAUCUUGUACGAGGGUCCUAAAGGACAUUAUCUUGUUAUCAACUUACUUUUUGGAAUGGCUUUCCUGUCUAGCUCUUUCUGCAACUUGACGGUCAAAGAGAGAUGCAUCAAGACCAAGCAGGUCCAGUUCAUCAGUGGCAUUUACGUGGCUACUUUCUGGCUCUCGGCUCUGCUGUGGGACCUCAUCUCCUUCCUCACCCCCACUCUGCUGCUGCUGGUGGUGUUUUUGUACUAUGAUGAAGAAGCUUUUACACACCCGGAAAACAUCCCUGCUGUUGUCUUGAUGCUAAUGUUCUAUGCCUGGGCGAUCAUCCCCUUCAUCUACCUGACCAGCUUCUGCUUUGACAAUGCGGGUAGCGCCUGUGUUAAGCUCAUCAUCACGCUCACCUUUAGCAUCGGCCCCCUUGUUCUCGUCUCAGUCACAAGUGAAAAAGAUCUAGGCUACACAAAAGUCUCAGAGUCUUUGGAUCACACAUUCCUACUGCUUCCAGGCCACUGCCUGGGGAUGGCUUUCUCCAACUUACAUUACAGCUUUGAACUACAGAAGUUUUGCAAUGCCAAGAGCCUGAACCAGACUGAGUGCAAUCAAGUUUCAGAGGGAUAUGUGGUCCAAAAGAACAUCUAUGCCUGGGAGUCUCUAGGGAUGGGGAAGUAUCUGAUAGCCCUUGCCAUCUCAGGACCUGUGUACCUCAUCCUGCUUUUCCUCAUUGAAACCAAUGUCUUGUGGGAACUGAAAGCCAAGUUUUCUGGCUUCAACAGGAAGCAAAAAUUGCAGGUAGUUUUGCACAGUGCGGAGUCCACGCCUGGAGACCAAGAUGUGGAAGAAGAAGAGAAAAUGAUCGAGACCUUUUUGGAAAAUUUUUGUAAGAAAAAUCCACUGGUUCUUAAAGGAGUGUCUGAGGUCUAUGCCAAGAAGUUACCCCCACUGGCUGUGAACAAGGUUUCCUUCACUGUUCAAGCAGAAGAAUGCUUUGGCCUUCUUGGCCUCAAUGGAGCUGGGAAAACUUCCAUUUUCAAAAUGCUGACUGGGGAAGAGUGUAUCACCUCUGGGGAUGCCUUUGUCAACGCCCUCAGCAUCAGGUCUGACUUGGGGAAGGUGCGGCAGUGGAUCGGCUACUGUCCCCAUUUUGAUGCCCUGCUGGACCACAUGACGGGCAAGGAGACACUGGUCAUGUAUGCCCGGCUCCGGGGCAUCCCCGAGCGCCACAUCAGUGCCUGUGUGGACCAAAUUCUUGAUGAUUUACUCAUGUACAUGUACGCCGACAACCUGGUGAAGACCUACAGCAGUGGCAACAAGCGGAAGCUGAGCGCCGGCAUUGCCUUGCUUGGAGAGCCCACGGUUAUCUUCCUGGACGAGCCGACCACUGGCAUGGACCCCGUGGCCCGGAGCCUGCUCUGGGGCACCGUCGCGAGGGCCCGCAAGUCUGGCAAGGCCAUUGUCAUCACCUCCCACAGCAUGGAGGACUGUGAGGCCUUGUGCACCCGGCUGGCCAUCAUGGUGCAGCGUCAGUUCAAGUGCCUGGGCAGCCCACAUCACCUCAAGAGCAAGUUUGGCAGUGGCUACUCCCUAUGGGCCAAGAUCUGGAGUGACAGGCAGCAGGAGGCCCUGGAAGAGUUCAAGGCAUUCGUGGACCUGACCUUCCCAGGCAGCAUCCUGGAAGAUGAGCACCAAGGGAUGGUCCAUUACCACCUGCCUGGCAAUGACCUCAGCUGGGCGAAGGUGUUUGGCAUUUUGGAGCAAGCCAAGAAAAAGUACAUGUUGGAAGACUACUCAGUCAACCAGAUCUCUCUGGAGGACAUCUUCCUGAGCUUCACCUGCCCUACUGGCAUGGAGCCUUGGCACCAUGGCUCCUGUGUGUGUUCGGCUGCUGAGCACAGACCAAGUACCCUGAAGGGGUUCAGCGAGUAUAAGUGGUAG